CGUGUUGUUGGUUUAAAAACAACGUAAUCAAAGUACAAUAGUAUGCGCAAGCGACCGGCGGGACCGGGAGGUCCGGCAUCUUCUUCAGGGACGUCAACGGUCAGCCGAUCUCAAAGUCUUCAGGAUGGAAGAUCUUCAUCGGAUGGAUGUGAAAUGAGAUGGGGCGUUGGUGGUACGGAUGGUGCCGGUUCGAUGCAUAGCGAAGACGAUGGCAUAAGAGAUUAUGCUACGCUCUCUCCGGAGCAAAUUGUUUUACUGAUGGGUGAGACGAUUUCCGAAGCGAAUGGAGUGCUCCAGCUGCGAUCGACGGCUGCUCGACUCCUCCUAAACCAUUUCCACUGGGAAAAGGUCACGCUAUUUGAAAAGUUUUUUGAUGCGGACGGCGACCUCAAAAAACUGUUUUUAGAAGUCGAAAUUCCUCAGGCAAACGUCAGUGGCAAUACUGUUACCGUCGCCCCAGUGUUGACGGGUGGUGCACCACAUUAUGAAUGUCAAAUUUGUAUGUGUGAAGCGCCAGCGGAGUCUAUGGCUGGCCUCGAAUGCGGCCAUAAGUUUUGCGCCAGCUGUUGGAAUAUGUAUUUGAGUACGAAGGUAAUGGAUGAAGGUUGCCAGAUGAUCACUUGUCCAGCUGUGUCCUGCGGUGUUUUAGUGGACGAUCAAACGGUGAUAAAACUUCUCAUCGACCCGAAGGUGAGAAUACACUAUCAGAAACAGAUAACGGAAAGUUUCGUUCAAUGUAAUCGAUUGCUGAGAUGGUGCCCCAGCCCUGGAUGCGUCAACGCUGUCAAAGUAAAUAGUUCAGAUGUCCGACCGGUUCGUUGCAAUUGCGGGCACCUUUUUUGUUUUGGCUGUGGCAAAGAAUAUCACGACCCCGUCAACUGUGACAUGCUCCGUUGCUGGCAUAAGAAGUGUAAUGACGAUUCGGAGACAUCCAAUUGGUUGGCAGCUAACACAAAAGAAUGCCCCAAGUGUUUUGUGCCAAUUCAGAAGGACGGUGGAUGCAAUCACGUGUUAUGUCGAAAUCAGAAUUGCCGCAUGGAUUUUUGCUGGGUUUGUCUUGGCCCGUGGGAACCGCAUGGGUCAGCGUGGUACAACUGCAAUCGCUUCAACGAGGAGGAAAGCAGGAAAGCAAGAGACGCACAGGAGAAGUCAAGAGCUACGCUUUCCCGUUAUCUAUUCUAUUUUAACCGAUACUACAACCACAUGCAGUCGCUCAAAUUCGAGAGUAAGUUGCCUGAAAAGGUGCGCAGUUGGGGCAUGGAUGCAAGCCUUGGCCCGCGGAGCGCGUUCUCGCCGUUGGAAUUGGAUUUCCUGCCAAAAGCUGUUAAUGCACUCCUUCGCUGCAGACAGACAUUGAUGUACACUUACGUGUUCGCGUUCUACUUGCGACCAAAUAAUCAGAGCCGAAUAUUCGAGGAUAAUCAACGAGAUCUGGAGAGUGCCACGGAACAGCUUAGCGAAUACCUCGAGCGGGACGCAUCAUUAAGCAUCGGUCGCAGCAGCAUCUCAAUAAACAACCUGUGUAGAUGCUCCAACAAUAUUGCAAUUAACAUGACUGAAUCUGCCGAUAAAGAAAAGGAUACCCUUAAGGAACUCAAGAUCAAAGUCGUUGACAAGCACAGGUACUGUGAACGGAGACGUCGAGCACUGCUAGCCCAUGUACGGGAAGGCGAAGAGAAAGACUGGUGGGAAUUCACUGAUGACCUAAAGAAAACUUAAAAACUACUGUCCAGUUUCACUGUCUUAGAAAAAAAAAAAGUAGCAAAUUUAUAAUUGGCAGGGGCCAAUAUUUAAAAAAUAUCAAUGUAAUCAAUGUACUAAGCAAAAUCGUUCGUCGCUAAAAAUUUCUCAUGACGAAAGCGUCAUUCUUUUUAUUAUAGCACGGCUGAGCGUUGUCUAGGGCAAGGCAGAUAAGUAGACAAACAAUCAGUAACUGGUAUUUGCGUGAGAAUGUGACUCCAUGAUCGUGCUAGGCUUGAGCUAGCAAAUUGCGUCUAGCAUUGCUAAUCAUGCUCGAUAAAAUAAACAAAUGAUAAUAUGGCGUUUUACCACAAAUAAUCUGUUCUCCUUAUCAAUCUAACUAAAACUCAGCGUUCGAAAUAUCUCAAGCCCCGGCUGUGCCUAAAACUACGAAACAUUCCGUAAUUCUAUCAAUUUCUUUUGUUACCGAAGUUUUCAAAUUAUUUUAUGAGAUCAACCAUGACUACUAUACUCGGCGUUAAACGCGAAUCGAGUGUUUCAAGGGUAUCGUGCCAGGAAACUUUGUUUAAUCAAGUGACUUUUUUUUAUUCUUAAGGAAGAAUGUUAGAACAGCUGUGGUACGUAAAUAAUAGAUCGGUUAAUAGUCAGUGGCGCGAAAAUGGACCUGAUUUUCUAAUCACGGAGAUCAACUCAUAUGGAAUCUAUUACUGUUACCAGUUUUAGUUAAUUUUCAAUAAAUGAAUCAUUUCAUCAAUGUUAAUAUAGUCAGAGCUAUAGGUCACUAUUGUAAGUCCGAUCGAUAUAUUCUGCAUUAUAUGAG